AUGAUUCGUUUCUUUUUGCUGCAAAAUCGCCAAGGCAAGACCCGGUUAUCCAAAUGGUACGUUCCUCCAUCUGGAGGCGACACUGGAAGUUCUUCUGGCAUUGAAGCCGAAAAGGCUCGAGUGGAGGCCGAAAUUCAUCGCAUGGUGACGGCCCGGGACAAGAAGUACACCAACUUUAUCGAAUACAACAAUUACAAAUUGAUUUACAGACGAUACGCUGGACUGUUCUUUACUAUCGCAGUGGAUGUCCAAGAUAAUGAAUUGUCCUUUUUGGAAACCAUUCACUUGUUUGUGGAACUUUUGGAUGCUUACUUUUCCAAUGUUUGUGAAUUGGACAUUGUCUUUAACUUCAACAAGGUCUACACUAUCCUAGAUGAAUUCAUGCUGGCGGGAGAAAUUGAAGAAACUUCAAAGCGAGAAAUUCUGGAUCGAGUCAAGCAACUGGAAAAGAUGGAGUAA